AAUUGAGUCAUUUGACACUAGAUUUAAACCUACAUUUCUUUAUUUUUCAGUCCACGACUGGAACUGUUGAAGCUUGAAUAAAUCAAAUUGCAGUAAAACGUAGGGCACCUGUGCUUUCAUUUGUUUAAACUGUUUCUGUCGGGAAACUAAAAGGAUGUUUUAUGACUAAAGGACUAAAGCAGAGUUUAAGUCUUUUUUUUUAAUGUUAAUGAUGAAAAGGGCUUUACCUGCUGAGCAGGUUCCGCAUAUCUAUUUAAAAACAUUGACGCAGCAGCUUUUUACGCAGUUGCUGUAGUGUUUACAAUAGGAAAAAAAAGAAACAGAAAGCUGAAGCUGACGUGGAAGAGGCAGCCCCACCCUGUCAGUGACCCUCCCAUCCUGACUCAAUAUAAGUCCGCCCGUUCAUUUCCCUCCGUCUGCUCAAGUGCUGCGUGAUUUCAGGAAAGGUGAAAAGCUAUGGCUGGACCCAGGCCCCUGGUGUUUAGUGGCCCGUCGGGGGCGGGAAAGAGCACCCUGCUGAAGAAGCUCAUGGGCGAAUACGACAGUGUGUUUGGCUUCAGCGUGUCCCAUACAACAAGAAAGCCUCGACCUGGAGAGCAGAACGGCAUCGAUUACCAUUACGUGUCUCGCGAGGAGAUGCAGGCAGGCAUCGACAACGGAGAGUUCAUCGAGAGCGCAGAGUUUUCGGGGAACCUGUACGGAACGAGUAAAGCCGCCGUGCAGGCCGUCCAGGCCAAGAACCUCAUCUGCAUACUUGACAUUGACAUGCAGGGCGUGAAGAACAUCAAAAAGACGGACCUCAACCCGCUCUACAUCUCCAUCCAGCCUCCAUCCUUGGAAGUCCUGGAAGAACGUCUAAGAGGCAGAAAGACCGAGUCGGAGGAGAGCGUGCAGAAGCGUUUACGUGCAGCCAAAGUAGACAUGGAGUUUAGUAAAGAACCGAAUGUCUUUGAUGUGGUGAUUAUCAAUAAUAAUUUGGAGGAGGCUUAUGGAAGUUUAAAACAAGCUCUUCAGGAGGAAAUUCACAAGGUGAAGAAAACCAAGGCCUCUUCAUGAAACGCAGCGUGUUUUUGGCACGUCCAGUCACUCCUUUUUUACAUCCUGCCAUCUUGUUUGUGUACAUUCCUUCAGGUGGUUUGUGAAGCUACAACAACACACCUCUGGCUCCAAAAGCACGUUUUACAAUCUCUAGGUUUUACAAUGUCGGACUAGUUGUUUCCAAAACAUUUUAUUUUAUAUUUUUUGUUUGUUUUUAGAUUAUGGGAGCUAAACGCAAAUACAUUUUACUUAAAGUACAAUUAUUUUAUCAUCAUUAAGACAAAAUUUACUUCAGAAAAACUUCAGAUUUUUCUGUACUAGUGUGUCACAAUUAAUUCAGCUCACAACUGUGUUGCUUGUUUGCUCCUUUUUUUUGGGUUGUGUAUUGCUGAAGAAAACCUUAUUUUACAUGUUUAAGAUAUUGAAUCCUUUUAUUUUAUUGUAUUAAUUUGUUUGUGCUAAAACAAUUGAACUACAGAGAAGGGUUUGCUUCCUGUUAACUUAGGAAAAUAUUGACGUCCCUUUGAGGCUUUUGUUGGUGCUUUAGGGUGGAAAUGUUUUAAAAAUGUAAAUUUGUACAAAACUGUUAUGUACUUUUCUCACUUUGCAGCUUCAUCUGUACAGUAAAAGGUCUUUAACUUCUAAGGAAACAGCGACAACUUUAUCUUUCUAUACAUCUUGUAAAAUAAAGCACAGAAAAUGUCUCACCCGGAACAAAA